GGACAAGCACGAACGGCUCCAGUGCGAUCUUAACACAGUGUCGAACUGGUCAGUUCAAAACGCCCUACCAUUCGACGCAGACAAAUGUCGCGUUCCGCUCAUCACCAACCGCCUAAAAGACGGAAUUCCGGCGUAGGCCGAAUCCUAGACCAGUUCACUUGCACCUGUGGUGCGAGAUACCUCGGACACACGACCAGGCUUCUGCCAAAGCGGAUAGCGGAACACUGCCCAGCCUCAUUACGAGGUGGUCCCACCAGAACUGUCCACAGCUCCAUCCCAGAACACCUAGUGGAUAGUGGACGUAACAUACAAACGAAAGAGGUCUUUAAAAUAAUGUAUGUAUCAGUAAAAAGCUGCACAAAAGGAUUCAAGAAGCGCCUACUGGCCACAACAGAAGCUAUUGCGAGCAAGCAGCUGAAGCUGGAACUGUGUACAAAGCGUGCAUUUAUGCGGAGUUUAACCCUACCGUGGCCCUAGCCUGAUCACCUGACCCCUGGCAU